UGCUUAACGAUUUUACCGAAUUGAUAACAAAAUGCAACAGUAUCUUUAAACUCUUCAAAUGUUUUCACUGUUUUGUAUUUGAUCUUCUGAUUUUUAUCAUAAAUGCAUAAAAUCCGCGUUCCAGCUAUUACAAUUAGACGGUCGAAUUUGACGCGGUGUUAGCGAACUGUACAGUAUGUGCACUACACUUCGAAGGGUCGGGACACACAGUGGCAAGAAACAAUGAUGAUAUAUGAGUGUGUGACGGCAGGACAUCUUACUGUGAGCAGGUCGUAGCUCCUAAGCCCGAGGCGGAUUCGAAGACUGCAGCGUGUCCAAACAAUCUCCACCGGAGCUGCCUCCAGAAAUCAUUUUAUAUGAACCACGAUCUUUGAUUACAAAGAUUCUUUGGUGGAAACGAACUGAUUGUCAAGUAUUACACAAAGCACCGUCGAUUCCUGCCUCUGAUAAAGAUGACGAUUUCAUGCGAAGGUUGCCGAUUAAAUUAAGCACGAGCGAUGCACCAACGUGCGGAGACACAUCAAAGACGCUUUAUCUGAUCGCAAUCAUCGGCCGAAGGAGUGUAAGCAGUGUUGUGCAGUCCUCUGUGAAGUUGGAACAAGUGUCGCCACUUUUAUUGUAGCUCGCAUUCCUUUCGUCGUCUGAAAACUGUUGUGCUCCGUUUGGAACGGAGCAAUUACGGAUAAUUGUAUAAUCGCAGAGGAAACCUCGCGUUGCACACCGUGCAGCACAAGGAGGCAGGAAUUUCAUACACCAUCGAAGGAAGCGUAAAUCCACGUAACUGAAUAUGAAAGCAGGCAUGCUAUGCUGGUUAUGUAUUUUAAUAACUGCGAUAAAGGCCAAACCUGAGUUGCAGUUAUUACAAAUCAUAUUUGCCCAUAAAACGUACGCUCCAAUUUCUCCUCUGGUAUACAGCAACGACUCAAGUUUUCCAACUGCACUUACUUAUGACUACUUCAAUUUUGCUACACUCCAGAUGCCCAACGUUGGCAAACUCAACAUGUACAAUCUAGGAACACAUAUACGCAACGUUUACGACAAAUUUUUGGGAAUGCAGUACAGAAGUGAAACAAUGAAAGUGAGAACUGCAGAAUAUCCAUUGUCGAUGCUGUCGGCGCAGUUGGUAAACGCUGGACUCUGGCCACCAACGAACCUGACUAAAUGGAGCGAUGAUAUCGAUUGGCAACCAAUACCUUUUGAUUAUACAAUCGCCGACGAGGACACUCUAUUAUUAGGAUUAGAUUGUCCAAGUUUUGCGUCCGAAAUGGAAAGCGUGAUGAUGUCGGAUGAUGUGAAAUCAGAACUACUACAUCAUAAGCCUUUAUUCGAUUACGUCUCCAACCAUACUGGAAUGAAGAUGCUCUAUCCAUCGGACAUAGCUCUCUUAUACGCGGUUUUCGAAACAAAAGUUAGUCUAAACGAAUCUCUCCCGUACUGGGCCAAAGACAUUUUCCCCGAUGGAGAAAUGUUGAACGUUACGUUGUUAAAAUACGAUCUCCUCUCGCAAACUCCUCUGCAAAAGAAGCUAAACGGAGGAACAUUCAUCAAGGAAAUAUUAGGGAAUAUUUUAGGAUAUAUUCAAGGAAAUAUAUCCAGUGAACGGAAACUUAUGCUAUACAGUGGUAAUGAUAGAAAUAUAGCUGGCAUUUUGAAAUCUCUUGACGUAUGGUCACCGCAUAUUCCUAACGAAGCUGCCUCAGUGAUCUUCGAAAGUUACUAUGACAAUGAAACCGAUCAUCAUGGGAUAAAGAUAAAUUAUUAUACAGGAGUGGAAGGUGAUAUUAUACCUUUGACGAUACCAAGUUGCACAGACAUUUGUCCUUUGGAUAAGUUUAUAAAUAUAGUGUUCGACGUAAUACCGGAAAAUUCAAAACUGUUGUGCCAUUGGAAGAAUUUUAAUGUCUCUGAAGAAGAAACGAUAUUAUUUAACGUCACUUACAGUCGAUCCGAAUCUCAUCAAUUAUGUAACGUAAUAUUAAUAUUUGUAUGCGUUUCUAUUUUCUUCGUAUAUUAAGUAUAAGAAGUAUUUCAUUGUUAAUUGAUACUUUUAUUUUAAAUCGUUCAGUUCAAAAUCAUUAUUUAUCAUACAAUACAUCGUAACAAGUUCUAUUCAAAGUAUUUAUUAUUUAGUAAUAAUUUUGCGCAAAAGGAUUUUUAGAAAUGACUCUUAUAAACAAGAAAUUAGUCGAGAAUCUCGGUCUACUUGAACAAUUUAAUUAUACACAAAUUGUAAUGUUUAAUGCUUUAAUGAAAUCGUGAAUACAACUCGCAGUAAGAACAGUA